AUGCUUACAACACGACGAUCAACAAAUCGUAUUGAUAUAUAUGAUAAUAGAACUUUACUUCAUGAAUAUGAUACAAAUAUAAAGUCAAUCAAAACAAAUCUUUAUUCACCAUCACCACCACCAAUGUCUUAUCGUGAUUUACGUUCAAUUAUGUUAAAUAAAACAUCAUCAUCAUCAAAUGUUGUUAUUAUACCUGAAUCAUUGAAUUCAACACAAAAAUCAAUAACAAAUUCAUCAAAUGCAAUAACAUCAGAAAAUUCUCGAAAAAGUGCACAUCGAAGAAAACAUAAACGUCAAGGUGUUGAUGUAUAUCGAUCACUUGUACGAACAGAUUCACGUUGUUCAGCAUCAUCUGAACGUGAUAUAACAAAUGAAGAAAUGAUCAUUUUAGCUAAUUCAUUUGUUAUUGAUCAUAUAACAUCAACACCAACAAGUGGUUUUUUUCAUCCACAAAAUUUACCUAAUAUUCAAAGACAUCGUUCUAUGAAUAAUAAUGGUCGAAUAGGAAGUAGUCAUACAAAAUCAAGUUAUACAUCAUCACCAUCAUUAUGUAUUCAACAUCUUGGACGUAGACGAUCAACAACUCCACAACAAACACAUCGAACAUCACCUAUUGAUGUACUACAAUAUGAAACAACUAAUAAUAAAAUGACAAUAACAACAACAACGACAACAAAAAUUGCAUCACCCAUACCCGAAUCACAAACUCGUAAACAAUUACAUGUGUAUAUGCCACAUAUAGUUUCUUGUUAG